AUGCAGGAGUCUGACGGAAAAUUUUACAUAAAAAGUCAAGUUCUUCCAUCAAUGAAAAAGACUGUUUUGUAUAAUUGCUAUAUUGUUUUGAACAAAUGUGGCAAGGUGAUGACAGCUUAUGAUGGUUGCCCAGCUGGAAUAGAUGGCAGAUGUAACCAUGUAACUUCAACACUGUUUGCACUGGAAGAGUUCUUCAAACAAAGUAAAGCACCUGUGAAUCCUUCCUUAACACCUGCAAUAUCAUGCACUUCAAAGCCAUGUGUAUGGAAUGUCCCAAGAAAAAGGAAAGUUGACAACCUGCCAAUUUCACAGGCCAAAUUUAGAAAGCAUCAGCAUGGAAAACCUCACAAAAGUGAGGAUAAAGCUCUACCAUCAACAAGGGAUGUCAGGGCACCACACCAGCAGAACCCAAGUCUAAACACUGAUGCUAGCAAUUUGUUACAUCAUGUCAAGGAAAUUGAGAAAAAGACAGGCAAAAAGAUGGCACUGAGUCUAAUUCUACCACAGAAAACUUUGGAGGAGAAUAAAGAAAGGAUUUCAGUUGAACAUAAUUAUUGCACACCUCUGACUCCCAUUGAACCUGUUGAAACAGAAGGAAACAUUUGUACAGUGUCAACUGAACUGUUAUCACCAGUGAAGUGCCAUCCAGUGAGUUUGGAAGAAAUAAAGGAAAGAUGCAUAAAACUUAAGAAAAGGCUUUUUGUCGAUGAAAAGGAUGUUGAUCGAAUUGAAAAAGAGACAGUGGGUCAAUCAGCAAAUGAAAACUGGAAUCUGCAUCGAAAAAAAUAAGAAUAACUGCGUCAAAAUGCCAUCGAAUUGCCACUUUGCAAGCAACUACCUCCCCAACAAAGGCCAUUGAAGAGGUCUUACAUUACAAGCAGAUACCUCAAACAAGGGCAAUGAAAGAGGGUUUGUCAAGGGAAGGUGCUGUUAUUGCUGAAUACAUCAAAUCAAAGAAACUGGACAAUCAAAAUGUAAUAGUGCAACCAUGUGGACUUUUCAUCAGCAAAUCUCAUAAUUACCUCGCCGCAUCUCCAGAUGGCUUAGUAUACAAUGCUGACUCCACUGAGCUAAAUUCAAGUGGACUUGUUGAAAUAAAAAUUGUCUUCCUAAAGGAGAAUGAGACUUUGUACCAAGCACUUGUCAGAAAAAGAAUCUUUCUUCCUGGUUCAACGGAUGGACACCUGGUCAUCAACCAAAAACACAAGUAUCACUAUCAAGUGCAGCAACAGAUGUUUGUUGCACAGAAAUCAUGGGUUGAUCUGGUGGUAAAGGGAGUUAAAGAUCUUCCAGACAGAUCAAUUGUAGACACUGAUGGUGUUUUCAUUUCAACAGUCAACUUUAAUCGUGAAUUCUGGACCUCAGUACUUCCAAAACUUGAGGCAUUUUAUAAUGAGCACAUUCUUGUAGAACUUGCUUAUCCGCGUGUUAAAUUUGGUCUUUCAAGAUUAGACUUGAGAGGCUGUUGA